GAACAAGAGUACGUUUACAAAUUUUUACAGAUUAUUGAGUAUAUAAACAAACGUUUUUCUGACAAAAAUAAAUUUUCGCAGGGAAUCCAUGUUCUUAUCUGUAUAGUGUGUACCUUUAAACAAAAUGUCUACAUUUCGAAAAAAGAGCACUAGCACUACCGGAACUAGUUCGAGUUCCACAUCGGGCAGCUCGACAAGUGGAAGCACAAGUUGUUCAAAUUCAGGUAGCAGUUCAUCUGACACCGAAUCUAGUAGCUCCGGUGACGAAAAGAGUGUGGUCGAUGAUGCUCCAUGCACAGUUGCCGCAACUAAAACGCAAGUAACUACUCGACGGAAAAGUUCCGAAUUCAAAGGCGCAGCUAAAGCGGAUGCAGAAAAACUUGCUACAAGUUCACAAUCAACUUCAAAGACAAGACUAAGCAAUAGUAAUACUGCAUCUCUGCGGCAACCUCGUGCAGGUAAUCAUUCAAGUGAUGAUGAACUUCCACCUAGUAAGAAGUCGACAAGGCCAGUUGCAACAUCCAGUACAACUCAAAAACGGAAACUGUCCGCUUCGAGCACAUCAGCUGCACAGAAUCAGAGUAAUCAGCGAAUUAUCGGUGGUAAAGCACCUCAAAAUACCUUGAAUAAACUAAAUUCACACACAAAUAAAGCUCCGGCUGGCAACUCAAAGGCACAAAAUAGCUUAGUUCCUGAAAAUGGACAAGAUGGAAAGAAAAAUACAUCUACUGCAAUUCAUGGAUCAGACGAAUCAGAUCGGGAGGUAUUCCCUUCUAGUCGUAAUAAAUCUGAACGUAAAGGGCAAGUAAAAUUAUCCGCACAGGCUAAUUCGGCAGCGGCUUUAAAUAGCUCAGAAAAUCGAAUAAAGCAGGCAAGGCCCAAAACACAAACUAAGCGCACUAUAGUUGGAAAAGCAAAGAACAAGAGCUCAGAAGAGGACGAAGAAGAAAGCGAAUCGGAAAGUGGAAAAACUACCACUACUGAGUCUGAAGCCACCGAGAGCAGUAAUUCUUAUGAUACCCAUCCAGUAAAAUCAGUGAAAGGUAAACGUGCGCCUACCGCUGCUAAAAUAGCAAAUUCCGACUCAGACGAUGGAGCGCCACGCAAACUCACACGUUCACUAAGUACCAGACGGUCUAGGCAGCAACCAAAGUCUUCAGGCGGUGCCGGCUGCCCUUCUGAAAGCGAGUCUGAGGUCGAUUUAGACACUGAGAAACAUUCAUUGUCAAAAAGUCCAGCAAAGCGUUGUAUUUCAUCUACCGGCGGUAGUAAAUGCAAAGUAAAGAAGGAAGCUGGCGUAUUCGGUUCAACAUCGUCCAAGCCACGUUCGUUAUCACCGCCUCAACAAAUGGAGAAAAAAUGCCCAAUUGAGGGAUGUGACUCGUCAGGUCAUUUAUGCGGCAAUUUGGAUAGACAUUUUCUACCCGAAGCUUGUCCUAUUUACCACAAUAUGUCGGCAUCUGAGUGCAAAGAACGUGUUCCCGAAAGAAAACUUAGGAAUGAGCGACGUCUACGUAACAGUAAUAGUAAUUUAAAUAAUUCCGAUGUGGCAAAUCCAAAAGGACGCACAAAUGAACAAAAUGAAUUUUUAGCUAAAAUUCGCGAAUCACGAGUAAGAUUUCGCCCUAUAGCGGCUACCAUAAAUACUGAUAAAGUAAAACUUGAAAAAGAUUGCACUGAUGAGGAUCGUGAACCUAACUUGAUUGGACUUGUGCCUGAUUAUGAUUUGCAAUUGUUUCGGGAUGCUCAAGCAAUCGCCUCCGAAAAAGUCGAAGAUGAGCUCAAAGAUUUGCCUGUUGGAAAGGGGAUAAAGUAUAUAACAAUGGGUAAAUAUAGGAUGAAAGUUUGGUAUCAAUCGCCAUACCCUGACGAUGCGGCGCGGCUACCUCAAAUGAAUAUUUGUGAGUUCUGCCUCCGAUAUCAGAAAUCAGAAACUGGCAUUAAACGGCACGCCGAGAAAUGUGUGUGGCGACAUCCGCCAGGUGAUGAGAUAUAUCGAAAAGGCAAACUACAAGUAUGGCAAGUGGAUGGUAAACGACAUAAGCAAUACUGUCAACAUUUGUGUCUUUUGGCUAAAUUCUUCCUGGAUCACAAAACACUUUACUACGAUGUAGAACCAUUCCUUUUUUAUAUAAUGACAUUAGCUGAUGUGGACGGCUGUCAUACAGUUGGAUACUUUAGUAAGGCUAUCUUUUGACCAGAGUGGAGGGUAAAAUUGGUUCGCCGGAAAAACCACUUUCGGACUUGGGUUUAAUUUCAUAUCGCUCCUACUGGAAAGAUGUGCUUUUGGACUAUCUCUGUAGCCGAACCGGUAGUGCUUUGAGCAUCAAGGAUGUGUCCCAGGAAACGGCUAUAUAUUCAUAUGACAUCGUUAGCACCUUGCAGGCUUUGGGCAUGAUGAAAUACUGGAAAGGCAAACACAUUGUACUUAAAAAACAAGAAGUGCUCGAUGAAUAUGAAAAACGUGUGAAUCAAAGAGGAAAUUUUCCGAAAAUCGAUGAUAGCUGUCUGCGCUGGAGUCCUUUUGUGCCAACACAAACCAAUAACUCUCCAUAAUAGUAGGCUAUAAGUUCACGUACGGAGACGAUAGUUAUCAUCUACGUACACUGAAUGCAAAUAAGUAGUUUUUUUUUUUUAACUGAUGCUUAUGCAGUAACGCACAGUGCGUAUACUUAACUACGUUGUGUAUCUAUUUUAAGAAUGCACAUGCAUAUGUGUAUGUAUUUAUUUAUGGAAAUGUGGUGUCAGGUGUAAAAAUGAUUACUCCCUUGUUGAUGGUUUUUUAGUUUUGUUUACUAAAUCAUAUUAUUUAAAAUAAAUGUGAACUUAAAUGUAAGCAAUAGCACUAGAAAUUGCAUUAUACAACAACAUAAGGCCUAAAAUAUUUAUAUUGAAGUCUUAAACAUUUCAUAAAAAAUGCGAACAGCACUGGAAUUGUCUUUUUUUAUACCUGGCAUCACUGAUAACUAUGCUUUAUGGCUGCUCGCAGCUUUCAAUCAAUUACUUGAGCAUAUACCGAAUUCGUCUUUCAAAAACAGUACUCAUUUUUUGUAUAUACUUAUGAUAUUAAAUAAAUGCUACACAUUUAA